UAUUGUAUUGCAUUGUACUAUAAUUAAUUAAUGAUUUGUUUCUCUUUCUUCCUCUCUAAAGCCCCUUGUCCUCCUCAGAACGUACAAGCUGAUAGUGUUGCCCUCACUGCCUCUGUAGCAUGGGAGAUGAGUAAUCUCACAGUGUGGUACGCUGCAACAGCAGAGGGCAGCGAUGGACACAAGGCCACUUGUACCACGUCCGACACAAACUGUCUAAUCCCAGAUCUUCACUGCAGCCAAACGUACAGCAUCUCCGUCCUCGCAUUUGGUGAAACCUGCAGCAGUCUCCAAAGCUCACGUUCUGAAAUUCAUACAGCACCUUGUGCCCCAGAUGAAAUUGUUGCCAAUGUGGAUUGUACCUCCAAUAAAGUGGUGGUAUCGUGGGGUAGGAAUAAUGGGGCGAUCUCGUACGAUGUAACAGCUGAAGGAAGUGAUGGGCACACACACUCAGACAACACCACAGAUACACGCUACGAAAUGCUGGAUUUACACUGUGGACAAUCCUAUAACAUAACCGUAACAACUCUGAGUUACAGCCGGCAUGGCAUUUCAAGCAUUUCUGUACAGAUACAAACAGCACCCUGCAUUCCUGAGAAUCUCACGGCUGAGCUGAAUUGUGAAUUGAAUACAAUAUCUUUCUGGUGGGAUGAAGCUGACGGAGCAAAGUUGUACACGGUGACUGUUCGAGACAGUCAAAGAGAAACAGCUUCAUUCAACACAAGUGAUACAAGGGCUCAAACCCACGAGCUGCAGUGUGGUGAAUAUUAUACAAUCUCUGUUCUAGCAACAGAUGAUAUCUGCAGGAGACCCCAGGCAGCAGUGGUCAAUGUACAUGCAGGUAAAACUUUUGAAAGUGCCAUCAACUGAAGUAUGAGGUUUCAUUAGCAAUAUUCAAAUAAGUUGCUUUUUCAUAUUAUUAAACGUUCUUUUGCCACAUAUGAAUGCUGCAGAUUAAUUUUAUAAUACUUUAUUGCCUUAAAAAUAUUUAUCUAAUUCUCUCGAAAAACUUACCAUAGAAUUUUCUUCAACUUCCAUUCACGGCCUUACCUCACGCUUAUGAUGUAAAGAUUCAACUAGUCCAACUUCACAUCCACUUCAUUGCCAUUUUUCAAAUGUAUCCAUUCUCUGGUUGUCAUCCUCCUCCCAGAAGAAAUGUACCAUAUUUACUUUAGUUUAAUUUAGUUAGUUUGGAGAUACUUCAUGGAAACAGGCCCUUCACCCCACCAAGUCCACACCAACCACAGAUCCCCCAUUUGCACUAGUUCCAUGUUAUUCCACUAUACAUUAGGGACAAUUUUCAGAGGCUUAUUAACCUACAAACCCAAUGUCAUUAUUCAAGCAAAAUCAUUCAAAUGCAUUCCACUUGACUUUCACUGUCCUACGGAGAACCAUAUUUUCCUCUCCAGCAUCUUCGUAGAACUGAAUUCCCUCACCCUGGAUAUUACUUCAGUAACUUCUGCAUCUUCUCCUGGACCUUGUAAACCUUCUUUAAUCUUGAAAUGGAUACAACACUCCAGUUAUGGCAGAUCCUGUAAUUUAUGAAGAUUCACUAUCUUCUGUGCUUUUAUACUUCAAAUUCCUCUAUUAUUGAAUUAUUCUUCAUAUUUUAUUUCUGAGAGUUAUUGAAAUUUCAUAACUUCAUUCAUCUAUUUCUUUACUCACUUACGGUUGGUCCGACUGCCUGCCAUCCAAUU